AUGCCGGAAGAGCCGGAAGAGAGCAUGGAGAUGGUGGUCAUUCCUUCCAUCCACAUGGAGGGAGAGGCGGAUUUGAAGCCCUGCCUCCGGAGCCGGAUCUCCUUGUCCGGCGUGACCGAGGAGAUGUGGACGGACGAACACCUGGCUGCGAUGGACCAGUUCCUGAAGGACGUCAGCCAGACCAUGUUGGUCUUUUACGUUGACGACUACGCCGGGUUGAAAGUGGAGCCGGUCAUGCCCCAUCAGGAGCAGAAGCAGCUCGCCUACUUCAUCCGCCAGGAGAAGGCGGAAAUCACGGAGGAGAACUUCCACGAAGUGGUGCAAUUCGGCUCCGUGCGCAAACCCUACAUCGAUUCCCUGACGCGCAUGCUCAACGCGGUCUACUUGCCCCGCCUCUUCCGCAAAGGCUCCUGGCCCGAAAGCAUAAAAAACGAAAUUUUCUCCGAAAUUUACCAUUUCAUGACCUCCCUGACAGAUACUCGCUACAAGAUGAAGGGCCGCACCGUCCUUUACAUCCCGAUUGAGUCGCGCUCCAUCAGCGCCGAGGUGGCCCUGAAGGACAAAGCCCUGGUUCAACGCCUGGAGACUUCCAUGAUCCACUGGACCCGGCAGAUCAAGGACGUGCUGAGGGCCCAGGAGGCGGUGGAGAGCCGGGAAAGCUCGGGGCCCCUGGAGGAGAUCGCCUUCUGGAAGAACCGCUGCACCGACCUGUCGGAGAUCAGCAAGCAGCUGUGCCAGAAGGGGGUGAAGGACAUCGAGGGCGUCCUGACCCUCUCCAAGUCCUCCUACGUGGCCCCCUUCCAGCGCCUCUCCCGGCAGAUCCAGGACGGGUCGGAGCAGGCCCAGUCCAACCUCCGCUUCCUGUCCAUCCUGAAAGAGCCCUUCCAGGAACUGGCCACCCUGCGCCCCAAAGACAUCCCCGAGAAGCUGCCCCAUCUCAUCAGCCUGGUCCGGAUCGUGUGGGUCAACUCCCCCUACUACAACAGCCGGGAGAGGAUCACGGGAUGGGUCCUGGACCAGACCAGCAUCUUUGCCCAGGUGGAUGCCUUUGUCCAACGUUGCAAGGACCUCCUGGAGGUCUGCGAUAGCCAACAGCACUUUGCCCGCUGGGAAGACGGCAAGCAGACUCCACUGCCUUGUUUCUUCGGUCAACAAGGCCCUCAGAUGGCCCGGAGCAUGCUGGAGAUCGAGGAGACCUUCAAUAAAUAUCUCAACAACCUCCGGAACGUGAAAGGAGGGAUUCUGGAUGUGAAGAACACGACCUGGCAUGAAGACUUCAACCGCUUCCGCGCAGGAGUCAAAGACCUGGAAGUCAUGACCCAGAACUUGAUGACUUCGGCCUUCGAGACGGUGAAGGAUGUAGAGCACGGGGUGGAGAUUCAAGACAUCUUCCAACAUCUGUCAUCCCGAGAGGCCAUCAAGCGCACCUUCGACAAGAAGACCGUUGACGUUUUCAUGCUCUUCAACCGGGAGCUCUCCCUGGUCAACAAGGAACUGAGCAAGAAGAUUCCUUUCCUCCCGCCGUACAUGUGCCAUUACUCUGGCAUGGCCCACUGGAUGCGUGCGCUCCGCCGCCGUGUGGACAGACCCAUGCAG